AUGAGACCGCUGGUACACUUUGGCAUGCUGCGUUCCUUUGUCACUGCUGUGAAACAUUAUUCUGUCACAUCUCAAACCUCAGACUUUGAGAACACCUACCGGCACCAAGAGGCAUACCCUUACUUUCUGCCGAUUCAGACCCGUUGGCAAGACAAUGAUCAGUAUGGCCACGUGAACAACAUUGUGUAUCACGGAUACUUCGACACUUUAAUCAACCAUUAUCUUAUCAGAUACUGCGGAUUAAAUGCAAAUCGCCAGACCUCGUCAAUGGUGGGAUUUAUCGUGAGCUGCAAGUGUUCGUUCCACGCAUCCAUGAUGUUCCCUCAGAACCCACUGGCAGCCCUGGGGGUGGAAAAGAUUGGCCGAACCAGUGUGACCUACCGGGCGGCUCUCUUCAAGCCGCGCCGUGGCCGCAUCUCGCUGCCCUUGGAUUACAACGUCCUCUCCGACGGGUGCUACUCAGGUAGCUCAUUACUGGCUGGGUUCGAGACCUUGGCCUGCACCACGGCAAGAUCCACACAUGUCUUUGUAGAUGCAGCCAGCGAGAAACCAAAGGAGCUGCCCGAACACUUCCGGAAGCAACUUGAAAAGAUUCUAAUGCAGCCAAGAGCUGCCAAUCAAAUGCUUUAA